CCGAAUAUCUUAAGUCGACUUACCUAUCCCUAACUUGCCCAUCACUAUUUCGUUGUACACGAACUUAUUUUUGUUUUUUCGAUUAAAUUAGUGGAAAAAUUGUUAAAAACUACGGCAACAUCCAAUUAAAAAUCUCUGCAGAUGGCUGAUAAACCACCAACAGCUAUGCCACCGGCCAGUGAACCAUUUCCAGGUUCACGGACACCCGGCUGGAAUGAUCCACCUCCACUACCCUACAAUCCAAUGUCAGCAGCGGCACCGGGACGACCUCGUAUUAGUUUGAAUAAACGUGUCGCCUAUCCUCUACAAGGUUCUGUGACGUCAACAACUGCAACUACGAAACCCACGGCAGUGGUAUUGCCAAAUCAGUUGGCAGGAGGUAUGCCAUUGCCACCACCUCCAAUGGCUGUAAAUGCGGCAACGACUGCAUCAAUUAUGCAACCUGUGGCUGUUGUCCAUCCCAUGCCUCCAAUGAUCCAGCAACAACAGCAUUCGAGUAGUCAGCAGGAAACAAUUGUUUUGCCAACGGAUGCAUUAGCGGUAAGUUUUCGCAAUCUAAGAGAACGAGUUCCUUUGGUCCAGGAAUCGGUGAAUGUUAGGCGGGAAGAAAUUGAACGACGUCUGGGCAUCAUUGAGCAACUAUGGCAAACCGGCAAUUUGAGUGAGGCUGUUAAGCAGAAAAUCUAUAAAUUGAGCUUAGCCGUUGAACGUGGCGCCCACAAUGAGGCUAUGGAAAUAUAUACAUCAUUGGUGGCCAAUCAUGCAAAUGAGUGUACAUCGUGGGCCAUAACACUGAGACACAUUGUUUUGACAAUAGCACCAACGCCGACACCAAUGGCUGCUACAUCAACGGUCCCAAGUGCUGAACCCAUAAAUGUAGUUGCACCCAAUAAUAGCAGCAACACCAACAUUAGUAAUCCAACGAAUUUAGUUUCCGCAAUACCCACCAUGUCAGUGACCGCCAUGCCACGUCCAACGAAUUCGAAUGAAGGAGUAGAGGGAAAUACAACUGCACCAAUAUCAAGGAUUCAGCAUAUAUGAUAAGCAGUGAGCGGUGGAGAAGUGCUACCACAGGCCCCCCUCAAAAUAUAGGAUAGGCAAACCUAUUUUUUUUUUUUAAUUUAUAAAUUUUACUUCCAACAUGAAUGUGUGUUUGUGUGAAUGUAUUUAAACGCUUUUAAGGCAAGCAGAAGAAAAAAAAACAAACGAAAAGAAAGUUUUAAACUUUUUGGUAUUACGAGAAAAAAAGAAAGAAAAACAAUAACAACAGGAAAUAUAUUCUACCACUAAUAAAUGAUGCUAUUUGCUGGAUAUUUUACACCCAAUUACACUCCCUUUAUUUGGAGUAACAGAAGUUUGGUGGUAUUGGCUUUCAAAGAGCGUUAUAUUUAUCAGUUUUGAAAAUUUUUAAAUUGUAUUAUUAGCAACAAGCUCCUCACAGGGGAACGUUGUUUUCAUAGUUUAUCAUUACACUUCUGUAGCUCCAAUUUUAUUCCUCCAUUAUGUAUUCUUUUCCAACAAUAAUAGUAUAGAACAGCAUUUAAUUAUGAAAUCAAAAAACGCAAUUACUUAGCAAUGCAUUUUCCGUUUAUGAGUUUGAACUCUACUGGCCGUUUGAUGCGCAGAGCUUCGAAGUCCAAAUAUAACUAGAAAUAAUUAUUAUGUAUUUGAUAAAGAUAUUACAUGGAAGAUAUUUUGUGAGCAAAACUUUGUCCAGGCAAAAGAUUCUCGUGUAUUCACAUAUGAUCCAAAAGGCUAUGCUGGUAAACUACUUAAUUUUUCGAUAUAUCCACUAAUAAUUUAUCAGUUAUUAAAUCCGUAGAAGACAUUUAUCCAAUUUCUACAUGCUGUAGGAUCUGUAUUUAUUGUGAGAAUGUAAAUGCCAGGACAAAAGCCUUCGCCUAUUUCCUCCCAAAAAAGUAUAUCCUCUCCGCCAUCACAGAUCUUCAAACUCGUAAGGGUAAUUCGUGCUAGUACUAUAAGAAUCAAAUCGAAAACUCGAUUCUCCAUCUUUUCUUAUUACUUUUUUUUGCAAUUUUCUUUGUGUAUUAUAGUUUUCUUUUAUUGUAUAUUUUUCUUUUUAAUUUGCAAUUAGAUUAUUUUAUGCAUUUAAUGAAAAUUAAGAAAGAAACAAAUAAAAACAUAUUACUUGGAUCCAAAAAGAUCCUUGAUGAUAAUUGUGUAAAAUUUCCCUCAUCCUUCCUAACUUCAACUCUACUUAAAUUGUCUGACAUAAUAAAGAUUAAGUGAAAAAUUAAA